AUGUCGAAUAAUCAGCAGCAACAACAACAGCAACAACAGCAGCAAAACCACAUGAGUCAGCUGCCGCAAAUGAUUGCUCAAUAUCAGCAGAACAUCGAGUUCUUGAACAACAAUAUCGCAAUGCUACGUAGAAACAUAGAGCGAACAGACAUAUCAGAGCAGGACAAAGAACAGUAUAAAAAGCAAGAACAGGAACUCCAAUCCAAACUAGCCAUGCUUCAAACACUCAUCAGCAACCUCACUCCACAGAUGGUGGCUCAAAACUUGCAGCAACGCGUAUUGUCACAACAGAUGAACAGCAAUAACCAGCAACAGCAACAACAGACGAAUUCGCCUGCAUCCACAAAUGACAAUAUGAGCGGCACAUCAGCACCUGGAUCUCCGGCUACAUUCAAUCCUCAACAGCAACAGCAAUACAACCAAUUCAAUGCUGCAGUGGCCAACAACGUUGUCCAGCAGCAGCAACAGCAGAUGCGUACAGUACAGCAACAACAGCAGGCAUUGAAUAAGCUUGGUUUAGCUGCUCAGGCUGCCGCUGCUCAACAAUUGAACAAUGCUUCUCCGCAAGCAGGAUUUCCAUCACCCAACGUCAAAGGCAAUGUAACAGUACCAACCACUGCUGCAGCACAAGCUGCUGUUGCCGCUGCCGCCGCUGCUGCUGCUGCUGCCGUCAAGAAUAACGGCAUGUUUACAUUUCCCACGAAUACUGCACAAACACAAGCACAGGCACCUGCUACUGCUGCUGCCCCUGCCAACGUAGCUACAGCAACACCUUUGCCUGUUUCCGCCAUUACUACACCAGGUGGAAGCACUGUCAAUGUCGCCUUGCCCACACCAGCAGCUCCAGCAGCACCCAAACCAGCAUCAGCACCUUCCUUGGAUAGCGAUGGCGUUAAUCGUGUCUUGACCAAACGCAAAAUUCAAGAAUUGGUGUCUCAAAUCGAUCCUUCUGAGAGAUUAGAGCCUGAAGUUGAGGAUAUACUAUUGGAGAUUGCUGAUGAGUUUAUUGAGUCCGUUACAACAUUUGCAUGCCAAUUAGCAAAGCACCGCAAAUCAGAUACAUUGGAAGUGAAGGAUGUUCAGUUGCAUUUGGAACGUAAUUGGAAUAUUCGUAUACCUGGAUUUGCAGCCGAUGAUAUUCGACCUUUGAGAAAACCCACUAUUCCAUCAUCUCAUCAAUCUAAAGUACAGGCUGUCAAUGCUGCCAAGAGUCAAAGCUCAAAUACUUCUUCAAAGAAGGAUAGCAGCCACAAUUAA